AUGCCCAAAGAUCAUCUCCUCCUCCUUCUCCUCUUUCUUGUUUUACAUCAAUCACUUAGCAUCGCGACAGAGAAUAAUCAGUGCACCAGCUCUUGCGGCGAGAUCACGAACAUAAGCUUUCCGUUUCGGCUGAAGGGCGAUCCGAAGAUCUGCAGCGACUCUAAGUAUGAGCUAUCCUGCUUAAAUAACCGGACCGUUUUGAGUUUGUAUUCGGGUGAGUACUAUGUACGGCACAUCAACCAUACCAACUACACCAUCAGAGUUGCCGAUGUAGGGAUGGGAAAGGGCAAUUGUUCGUCUCUUCCUCGCUACUCCUUGUCAUGCGGCAACUUCAGCUACCAAGAUCCGUAUAGUGGAUCUUAUAGUGGUUGUGACUUCGAGUGGUCCAGCCUCGAUGGUCCAGUGCCAUCCAACACCAUCUCGAUCGUGAACUGUACGAAGGCAGUUGCUUCUCCGCUCUACAUUGAUGCUUCAUCAUGCCUUGAUAGGGUCGAAUUUUUGAAUUUUUCUAGUACAAGAAGGCGAAUAUAUGCCAUGGUCGGUUCGUAUGUCUUAGACGUGGAAACUGCAUGCACUAUAGAGCUUAUGGCAAUGUUACCUUGGUGGAUCGAUGGCAGUAAUCUUCGGUGCUAUGCCCAAAUCCAUGAACAGAUGGUUUAUGGAUUUGAGCUUUCAUGGCUUCCAAUUGCGGUUAAGAUGUAUUGCAAAGGCCAUUAUUAUGGGGACAUCAACAGCAAGCUCCAAAUUCAGUGCGGACCCAAGAAAGGUAAGAACUUUUGA